AUGGCGGCGCCGGGCCCCGGGGCGGGCGCGGGCGCGGGGGCGGCGGGCGGCGGCGGCGGCGGCGGCGGGGGCGCGGGGAUCGGCGGGCGGCUGCCCAGCCGGGUGCUGGAGCUGGUGUUCUCCUACCUGGAGCUGGCGGAGCUGCGGAGCUGCGCGCUGGUGUGCAAGCACUGGCACCGCUGCCUGCACGCCGACGAGAACAGCGAGGUGUGGCGGAGCCUGUGCGCCCGCAGCCUGGCGGACGAGGCGCUGCGCACCGACAUCCUCUGCAACCUGCCCAGCUACAAGGCCAAGGUGCGCGCUUUUCAACAUGCCUUCAGCACGAACGACUGCUCCCGGAAUGUGUACAUCAAGAAGAAUGGCUUCACUCUCCAUCGGAACCCCAUCGCCCAGAGCACCGACGGUGCAAGGACCAAGAUCGGGUUCAGUGAGGGCCGCCACGCCUGGGAGGUGUGGUGGGAGGGCCCCCUGGGCACCGUGGCGGUGAUCGGAAUCGCCACCAAGCGGGCCCCCAUGCAGUGCCAAGGCUAUGUGGCGUUGCUGGGCAGCGACGACCAGAGCUGGGGCUGGAACCUGGUGGACAACAACCUGCUGCACAACGGCGAGGUCAACGGCAGCUUCCCGCAGUGCAACAACGCCCCCAAGUACCAGAUAGGAGAGAGGAUUCGCGUCAUCUUGGACAUGGAGGAUAAGACUCUAGCCUUUGAGCGCGGGUACGAGUUCCUUGGCGUGGCCUUCAGAGGACUUCCGAAGGCCUGCUUGUAUCCGGCAGUGUCUGCUGUGUACGGCAACACGGAAGUGACUUUGGUUUACCUCGGAAAACCUUUGGAUGGAUGACAGUGGCUUUCCCGGGAGGAAAGACGAGAGUGGAGGAGACGCCACUUGUGGAAGUAGAGUCGUGAAAUGACAGUGUCCUGCUGCAUGCCAGGGACGUCCUGAAGACGGGCUGCUGCCUGGGGAAGCUGCGCACAGCUGAGCUCCUGUCAGCGCCGCUGCUGGACUGGGCCGGACGGCCUCGGGGUUGCCGCUGUGGCUGGGAGUCGACGUCGUGUGGCAGCCCGUCUUGACUCUUCAGUUAGUGUGCUAUCCCAGCACUUGAGGUGAGACAGAGAGACUGGGAGACAGGAGCACAGAAGGAUUUCUAAGUAGUAUGUUAGUGAAGACAGACUGAACGUGUUCUACACCUAACUGCCUGCUUUUCUCCAUGCCUCCACCCUGCCCCCACCAGCUGGACUACUGAAAUGUACACGAGACUGGCUGGGUUUUGUUUAAUAUUUUUAAUAUAUUGAGAAGCAUGGUCUGCUUGGACUGCACUUCUCUGAGUCACAAAACUCUGCAACUAUUUUAAAGAUUGUAUAUACCAUGCGUGUGUAAAAACAAACAGCUUGUAAAAAGGG